AUGAGUACCGACAACGCUGGCGUUCGCUUCUGGCGCAAACAGAAGCUUGGUUCGCGUGACUUCACUCUUCGUGAAGCCAGAGAAACAGGCGACUGCGAUGGCGAGGGAGACGGUAGCAUUCGCCAAGGUACCUCAACCGAGUACCGUACUUAUAAACGACGCUGGUUUGGUCUCGCUCAGCUUACACUGAUGAACAUCAUUGUGUCUUGGGAUUGGAUGACAUUUGCACCAGUAGCAUCACACGCUGCCGAGUACUACAAUGUCCGCGAAUCGACAAUCAACUGGAUCAGCACUGCCUUCUUUCUCGCAUUCGUAGCCGUUUUCCCCAUCAGCAUUGCUAUUCUUCACCGAGGCCCCAAGCUGGCAUUUAUGACAUCUGCUGUCCUCAUUCUCAUCGGCAACUGGAUUCGAUAUGCCGGUUCUACCAAAGCUAGCGGUGGAAACAUCGCUUGUGCCAUGGUUGGAGAGAUUGUCAUUGGCUUUGCCCAGCCGUUUAUCCUUGCGGCUCCAACUCGAUACUCGGAUAUGUGGUUCACUAACCGUGGCCGCGUUGCCGCAACAGCCCUCACGAGUCUGGCAAACCCGUUUGGCGCAGCAAUCGGGCAGCUCAUUACACCAUUCAUGGUGAAUAAAUCUAGCGAUGUUUCAAGCAUGGUCCUCUACAUCUCCAUCAUCUCAACUGUCUUCGCCCUUCCGGCUUUCCUGGUCCCUGCCAGCCCUCCUACGCCGGUUGGUCCUGCUUCUGAGACCCCUAAGCUCAGUCUCCGCGACUCCAUCGGUGUUCUGGGUCGCUCUCUAGAAAUCUGGUUGAUUCUCAUUCCGUUCGGCGUAUAUGUUGGCUUCUUCAACUCAAUCUCUUCUCUCCUCAAUCAGAUGCUCACACCCUACGGCAUUAGUGAUGACGAGGCUGGCAUUGGUGGUGCAGUUUUGAUUGUUGUUGGUCUUGUUGCAUCCGCAAUCUCUUCUCCGAUCAUCGAUCGCACAAAGAGCUUCCUUCUGACACUCAAGAUUCUCGUACCUCUGCCCCGAGGUUACUUCAACUGUGGCAUGGGCUAUGGGUCAGCUCUUUGGCGCUAUUUUCAUCAUUAUCAGUGA